AUGCAAGACGAUCCACGACUAGCACCUAGACCUGACCUCACCCUAUGCGACAUGUUGACGAUCCCCUCUCUCAAAGCCUCCGCUAUGACUGCUGGUGAUCAGCUCGGCGGCGCUAGUCGGCCCCCGCAGGCUACCCCGGAUGCCCUCGCCGAGCGAAUUCGAUCGCUGGCUCGAUCGGUCGGACACGAAGCCGUGCAGGCGCAGAAGCAAGUCGUGCAAGACCACGCCCACGUCCACCAGCAGCACUAUCCUUCACCCGAUGCCUCGCCCCAUCGGCCUUUGCAUCAUCUAUCUCCACCCCUCAGCCCUUCGUCGGCGUCGGUCUCACCGUCAUCGGGUUCGAUAAGCGCGUGGGUUCCCAGCUCGGCCGGCGGCAAUUCGCUCGCUCCUCCCGCCGUGUGGGACGGAGGAGCAGCUGAGUCAGGGGCGAUGAACAUCGUCGGCGGUGCCAAUGUCUCAUUCGGGGCUGGCAACAGCUCACCCACGCGACCCACGAACUCUUCGUACCCGACGCCCGACGGUGGCUCUUUCCUCGACGAGAUUAUUGAAGAAGAGGCCGAGCGAACCGAGGACGACGCGCACGACACGCAGGCUCCUCCGGUGCCACCUCCUGCCUCAUCGUCCAGGACCCAGUCGAGGAGGGCCAGUCGGGGCUCGCUCUUCUCCACCUCGAGCGAGGACGUCAGAGGUGUUCCCGAACUAACGAUGCCAGAUGUAGCGAGGAGGUCGAGUCGCUCGGCUGGUUUGGGGUUCGGCUCGCUCAAGCUCUACACGACUGGUGAGUUUAUCGUCCCAAGUGGCUCCCCCACUUUCACACGGGCCCAUGUGGGGGCUGAGAACCGAUCCGAAUGAUGUGAUGGGCGAUGCUGACAUCCUUGAUGUGAUGGGCGAUGCUGACAUCCUCCACUCUCAUACUAAGAACUCGAGCACGAAUCAAAUCUCAGGUCAUUGUUACGAGAUGGCAACACGUUUGUCGUUGUACCUGUCGCGCUUGCCGAUGUACAGUUGCUGGUGCGCUUGUUACCAAUGCGCUCGGGCCUAUUUCUCCCGAUGCGUGACACUGACCCUCCGAAACUAUGGCAGGUCAAGGGCGGAGCACAAUCCUCGACCGAAACUACCCUCUCCUCGACAUACAUUGGUGGGUGUUCUAGUAUUUUUGCGGUCAUGAGCUGGCGACGACGAAUUGCUAAUCCAGUUGGCGCCGUCAAAUACUCUACUCACAGACCCCCUCGUCACCGUCUUCCGCGACGAGCCAAAGGAAUUCAACGAGGUCUCCUCAGCAUCCAACGACAGCCCCGCCGUUUCGAGCGGCACCUUCUUUUUACACCGCCGCCGUUUAUCGAACAGCUCGCUUAACUCGUCCAGCAGCGCUGCUUACCUGACCGCCCGUUCACCCUCACACCCUUUCCUGCUCUUGCUCGACAUCCAAACCGAUCCUGCGAUGACGAUCCAAUUCAUUCGACAUGCCUUGUCGCCUCUGCUUGAUGCGGGAUUAUUGACGACCUAUUGUCCUCGAUCACAACUCUUCACUCAGGCACCCAUCACGGCGCUGAUCACGGGUGAAGCGUCGAGGAGUCAACUCUUGCUCGAAGCCGAAGGGUCCUCGGAAUCAACGCGCUUCCUCUUCGUCGAAGCUGAUAUCUGUUCGCGUGAAUUGGAUCGGGUGGAGAAGGUGUUGAGUCCUGUUGCGGGAGGGGAUUUGGGGAGGGCUGUGGGGGGCUGGAAUAGGGAGACGUUGGACGAGGAACAGAUGGAGGAAGUGAGGAGGCAGGUCGCACAGGCGAAAGAAAGGGGUGUGAAGGUUCGGUAUGAAGGGCUGCCAAAGUGAGUUCAAAGCGGGGUAAAGACUCUUACUGCGUGGAAAUUGAAAUUGGUUGAUUGUCUUCCGUGGACUCUAGAUACCCCGUUCAUACGAGGGAAUUGCUGAAAAGCUGGCUUUUCGAACAAGGCGUCGACUACUUCUAA